AUGAGUCAGAUGGGGGCAGAUUCUUGGCAUUCCGAAGAAAUAAAGACACCCCCCAACUCAGAGGAUAAAUUUGCUGAAGUUGAAGAUGACGAUGCAUUUCUUGUUUUCAGAGAAGGAACAAGGUUUAGGGAAAUCCGAUUAGAGGUAGGGAUGAAAUUCAACACAAAGAUGGAUUUUAAGGAGGCUGUGAGGGAGUAUUGCAUCCAGGAAGGUAGGAGAGUUAGAUUCAAGAAAAAUGAUAAAAUACAAUGCAGGGCUUUAUGUAAGGUUGAGGACUGUCCAUGGGUUAUCUAUGCCUCUAAGGAUAGUGAGAGUGUUUGUUGGCAAGUUAAAACCUUCAAUGAUGAUCAUACCUGCCCAAGGGAGACAAAAAAUAGAUUAGCUAACAAAGGGUGGUUAGCUAGCAAGUUGGUCAAGAAGCUUAGGAAAUUUCUGAAUCUGAAGCACUCUGAAGCUUUAACAUACUUUAAAAGUAAAUGUGAUUUGGAGUUGAACAAAUCUUCCCUGACAAGAGCACUCGGAGAUACAAGGCACAUUGUGUAUGGUGAUGCUGCUGCACAAUAUGGGAUGGUGAGAGAUUAUGGUGAGACUCUCCUGAAGUGUAACCCUGGUUCUACUGGGUUUAAGGCAGGAUGCAGACCUCUAAUAGGGCUUGAUGGAGCAUUCCUGAAAACCAGAUUUGGUGGACAAAUCUUGACAGCCAUUGGACAAGACGCCAAUAAUCACAUUUACGUAAUUGCAUAUGCCAUUGUACCAGUGCAGAACACAAAUAAUUGGAGGUGGUUCCUUGAGCUGCUGCAUGAUGAUCUAGGGAGCUACACCCAAAAUGGAUGCUAUUUCAUUUCGGACAUGCAAAAGGUUGAUGUAUUUUUUGUUGCCAUGUUUUGCUUUCAUGAUUCUGUUUCAACAUGCAUAGGGUUUGUUUCAGACAUUGUUGCUGCCAUGUUUUGCUUUCAUGAUUCUGUUUCAAUAUGCAUAGGGUUUGUUUCAGACAUUGUUGCUGCCAUGUUUUGCUUUCAUGAUUCUGGACUAAUCACAGCUGUCCAGGAGGUAUUCCCUGAUGUCCACCACAGAUUUUGUGUAUGGCACUUGUGGAGAAACUUCAAUAAGCAAUGGAAAGACAUGGAACUCAGGGGAUUACUGUGGGAGUGUGCAAGAUCUACCACUCAAGAGGGAUUCGUUGAGGGGAUGAUGAAAAUUCAGAGAGAUAAGAAGGAAGCCUGGGAGUACCUUGCCAAAUGGCAAAGAGAUGCAUGGAGUCGGGCCUUCUUCCCUACCCAACCAAAAUGUGACAACAUCUGUGGCAAGGGUCAUGACAAGAGAAAUUGUGCUAAGAAGAAGGCUGACGACGAAGCUGCAGCUGUGGCAGCUUCUGCAGCUGCUGCUGCUAGUGAAGCUAAUACAGGAAAUCAGCAACAACCUCUCCCUACUGCACCUGAAGUCCCAGAUAAGGGCAAUGCUACUGAGAUUGAGGUAGGCAAUAGUUAA